ACCGGAAGUUGCCCUGUUUCGCGCAAGUGAUUAUGAGGCAGAGUGGUGCUCCAAGUUUUUGCUGUUAACAUUGUUUCAUGACUUAUGAAAUAGAACGGGUUGUUUAAUGGCUGCGAAGCGAAAAGCCGAUAUUUUGGUACCAGCGGAGGAAAGCGAUCAGUUAUUAAUUAGACCCCUUGGCGCCGGACAGGAAGUGGGAAGAUCAUGCAUCAUCUUGGAGUUCAAGGGAAGGAAGAUCAUGCUGGACUGUGGUAUCCACCCAGGCCUGGAGGGCAUGGACGCACUCCCCUACAUCGACUUGAUAGACCCCGCGGAGAUUGACCUCCUCCUGAUCAGCCAUUUCCACCUGGAUCACUGUGGCGCUUUGCCCUGGUUCCUGCAGAAGACCAGCUUUAAGGGGAGGACAUUCAUGACUCAUGCCACAAAAGCCAUUUACAGGUGGCUGCUGUCAGAUUAUGUUAAAGUCAGCAACAUUUCAGCGGAUGACAUGCUGUACACAGAGACAGAUCUGGAGGAAAGCAUGGACAAGAUAGAGACGAUCAACUUCCACGAAGUGAAGGAGGUCGCAGGCAUCAAGUUCUGGUGCUACCACGCAGGCCAUGUUCUGGGGGCGGCUAUGUUCAUGAUUGAAAUCGCUGGUGUGAAGUUGCUGUACACCGGAGACUUCUCCCGCCAGGAGGACAGACACUUAAUGGCAGCAGAGAUCCCCAGCGUCAAACCUGACAUUCUCAUUAUCGAAUCCACGUACGGCACCCACAUCCACGAGAAGAGGGAGGAGCGCGAGGCCCGCUUCUGCAACACGGUGCACGACAUCGUCAACCGAGAGGGCCGCUGCCUCAUCCCCGUGUUCGCCCUGGGGAGAGCCCAGGAGCUCCUGCUGAUUCUGGACGAGUACUGGCAGAACCACCCCGAGCUCCACGACAUUCCCAUCUACUACGCCUCGUCUCUGGCGAAGAAGUGCAUGGCGGUGUACCAGACCUACGUCAACGCCAUGAACGAAAAGAUCCGCAAGGCCAUCAAUAUCAACAACCCCUUCGUGUUCAAGCACAUCAGCAACCUCAAGAGUAUGGAUCACUUCGAUGACAUCGGCCCCAGCGUGGUGAUGGCCUCUCCGGGCAUGAUGCAGAGCGGCCUGUCUCGGGAGCUGUUCGAGAGCUGGUGCACCGACAAGAGGAAUGGCGUCAUCAUCGCGGGCUACUGUGUUGAAGGGACACUGGCCAAGCACAUCAUGUCCGAGCCAGAGGAGAUCACCACCAUGUCCGGCCAGAAGCUGCCGCUGAAGAUGUCUGUGGAUUACAUCUCCUUCUCUGCUCACACCGACUACCAGCAGACCAGCGAGUUCAUCCGCGCGCUCAAGCCUCCCCACGUGAUUCUGGUCCACGGGGAGCAGAACGAGAUGGCCCGGCUGAAGGCGGCGCUGAUCCGAGAGUAUGAGGACAACGACGAGGUCCACAUCGAAGUGCACAACCCCCGCAACACCGAGGCCGUGGCCCUCAACUUCAGAGGGGAGAAGCUGGCCAAGGUUAUGGGCUGCCUGGCUGACAAAAAGUGUGAACAGGGGCAGAGGGUGUCAGGAAUCCUAGUGAAACGCAACUUCAACUACCACAUCCUCACGUCCUCCGACCUGUCCAAUUACACAGAUCUGUCUGUGAGCACAGUCAAACAGACCCAGGCCAUCCCCUUCACAGGACCCUACUCGUUACUGGUGAACCAGCUCCGCAGCCUGGCAGGGGAUGUGGAGGAGAUAGACACCCUGGACCGGCCAACCUUGAAGAUUUUCAAGAACAUCGUCUUAGUGUACGAGGCAGGAAUGGUGGUACUGGAGUGGCUUGCAAACCCAUUGAAUGACAUGUAUGCCGAUACGGUGACUACUGUGGUCCUGGAAGUUCAGUCCAACCCCAAAGCUCAGAAAGUUUUGGAGACCACUAAAAGAGGGAAGGUAGACAUGGAGAUUUACCAGAAGAGACUGGAAGUUAUGCUACAGGACAUGUUUGGAGAUGACUGUGUUGAGGUAAAAGAGGACAAAAACGUGGCCGUGACCGUGGAUGGGAAGACGGCUUACAUCUCGCUGGAGACACGAACGGUGACCUACGAGGAGGGCAGCGCGGAGGACGAGUCGCUGAAGGAGAUGGUGGAGCUCGCCGUGCAGCGGCUGUAUGACGCCCUCAACCCCGCUCUGUGAGGAGGAGGCCGGCUCUCAGGCCGCGGGACCGAACUCCUUUCUCCGCCGGAGGUCCGACCCUCAACCCCCGCUCCGCGCCGUCGGGCUGGGGCGGCAGCCGCGUUUCACGGUUCAACACCUCAUAAAGCCUGUCUCAACUGCCUGUUUUUUUUUUUUUGUGGUGAUUUUCUUUCACAAAAUUCAUAUGUUGCGUUUUCAAACAGCAAGAAUGUUGUUUAACUAUUUGUUCGUUUUUGUUGGAAAUGUUUAAAUUCGUAAUAAAAAGUUGGCUUCUACUUAUAA